UACUAGGAGCGAUCGGACGCUACUAGGGGCUCCUGGCCUUACUACUAGGAGCAAGGACAGUACAUUGCCUGUGACGCCAUGUCAUUCCCGACACCACCCAUGCGAGAGCGGAUGGAGUCGGCAACAGAUGAUGUUGCAGACCUGGGUGCUCCUGCUGGCUUGGGAAGCCGUGCCACGUCUUUCUAUGAACGCUCGAGAAUCAACAAGACCUUUUCACCGCUGACAGCCGGUGGCAUCCGGCAAAGUAUUUUCGUUUUAGUCCAAACAUCGCUCGGAGGAGGUAUCCUGACAAUUGCCUAUAUGAUGCGACAGUCCGGCUUCUUGCUCGGAAUCAUUUUGUUGCUUCUGGCAGGCGGUGUUGCAGCUGUGAGUAUGGAGGUGCUCAUGAAGAGCGCUGUACUGCAGCACCGCUACACCUUGGGAAACUUGAUGAGCUUUGUUUUUGGUCAAAGCAUCGGUGUGGCAUUAGAUCUCAUGCUCUUUCUCUAUGGCAAUGGUUCACUCAUCACUUAUUUCAUCUUCCUUGGUGAUUUCAUUCCGAGUAUCGUUGAAGCUUUAUCUCCAGGAUACUGGCCGCAACCAACUUUGGAGAGAGAGCUGUCGCUUGAAGAAAUGCAGGAGCUGGAUGAGCUUCGAACGAAAUGCCUGGUUGCUGCUCUCCUUCUGGUUUUGCUCCCCAGUUUACCCCGAGAUCUCUCCGGGCUUCGAUAUUUGUCGCCGAUCAUGGCCAUUGGUAUCAUCUACACCGAAGCGGUGGUGGUGUGGAAAUGUUUCUGGCUCCACCUGCAUCAUCCAGAUCUGACACAGGGCACCAUCAGCGAGAUGUUGUGGCCACAGGACGAUCUUCUGUCCAUUCUAUCCAGAAGCGUGAAAGCCUUUAGUCUCUGUGUUUUCAGUUACGUGUGCCAUCUGAAUGUCACACCCGUGGCAAAAGAGCUCGAGAAUGCCAAUGACAGACGAAUCGAAAAGGUCAGCUGGAGAGUUGUAUUCGUUCAAUUCGGCAUCUAUGUGCUCUUGGCAGUUGCAGGCUACGGAACCUUUGGUGAUGACACCAAGCCAAACCUCCUGCAAAACUACAGUGCGAGUGAUCCGUGGAUUCUGGCGAGCCGAGUCGGGCUGACUUUUACCGUCCUCGUAGCCAUUGCCACCAACACGAAUCCCACCGUCCGUGCAUCCUUGUGCUUGCUGGAGGUCCUGUUUCCAUUCUUGAAAGAGCCUGCUUUGGAAGGCCCCAAUGCUGAGCCACUCUUGAAGACCCCGCCGCUGAUGAAGCGAGCUCCCGAGGAACCUCGACCGCGGCGAUAUGUGAGAUACUGCUUGAGCAUAGCUUGCUUGACCAUGGACACCCUCGUAGCUAUUUAUGUGAAAAACGUUGCAAGCGUAGUUGGCUUUCUGGGAGCAACCAUGGGCACGUUGAUGAUGAUGGUCAUCCCAGGGUGGGACCUUUACAAUGCGGAUGAACAAAGCUACCAUUGGUGUCACCGUCAUAACAUCUUGCAUUUCGCUUUGCAUAGAGCUGCUUGAGAGCUAAUUCAGGUUGUUGGUCUACAAGCUACCAUUGUUUUCGAGCGGAUGGAGCAACUGAGAUUGCACGAUGUGACGCUCAGGGCGCUCCUUAAAGGAGCGUGAGCUAUUUGUCCUAGCUAGGAGCGAACUUAGUAGCUUACUCCUCCCUUACUUUAGUAGGCGCCUACUUAAUGAAGUAGGAUCGGAGCGGGCUAAAUAAAAGGAAAUAGAAGAAUAAUCAUCCAUUGGGGAAGCCAAGGUCGAUUCUUCAUCGUGCUCUUUGCAUUCAGUGCCAUUGCAAAUUGUUUAGCUAUUUUCCAGUGACAUCUCACCGGAAAGGACACACUCUUAGGGUGUGACCCUACUGGGCAGACUUUUGGAAUCUCCAGCAGGGAGACUCUCAAAACAUAUUUUGGUCAUUGGCAUGGUGCUUUCUUAUUCGGACCAGCCAAGGGGCUCAGGUCCUUUGAGUGAUAGCCCUCGAAGCGACAAGAGAAA